AUGAGGCUAUUAAGCUAUAACUGCCGUGGCUUGGGAAACACACGAGCAGUUCGAUCAAUUACGUCGCUUCUGCGGCAAGUUUCCCCCCAGGUUGUUUUUCUAAUGGAAACGAAACAACUUCGGGAAGAGAACGAGAAGACAAGGGUGGAGAUGGGUUUUAAAUUCGGGACGAGCUGGCCGUGUGAUACAUCGCGAGGAGGAAGAGCUAGAGGCAUUUCGUUAUGGUGGAAAGAGGAGAUAAAUGCACAGGUCAUGAAUGUCGAUGGUCAUUUCAUUGAUCUUAGAAUAGAGGAAAGGUUUGAGGGAAGUUGGAGAUUUACGGGGGUCUACGGGUGGCCUGAGAGUGGUGAGAAACAUCAAACUUUGGAGCUCAUCAAUAACCUGAAGGAAUAUUGGAAUGGCCCUUGGCUUUGCGGGGGUGAUUUUAAUUACAUUAUGACGGACGCGGAGAAGCAAGGUGGUUGUCCGGGUCAGGAAAGAGAAAUGGGCGCUUUUACUGACUGUCUCGCGAGGCAGGGUUACAAGAUUUGGGUUUCAGAGGUUACCCAUUUACUUGGGAGAAUCGCCGAAGAGCGGGAGGAUAUAUUGAAGAGAGGCUCGACCGUUUCCUUGCAAAUGAGGGGUGGCGAAGCAUGA